ACUAAAAUUCAAAUACAGCCGGAAAAUACACACACUAGCAUCUUCUUGAGUCCAUGUGAUUAGCUCACAUUAUAUACAGAAAUUUAAUGGCAGCUUCUUCUUCAUCAUCAAGAGGACGAAGCAGCUCGCCGUUUACCCACCGCAAGCCGUCGUCGCCGUCGCCGUCUACUUCCUCCUCCUUCAUUAACGGAAAGCUGAUGCCGCGCUCAUCUUCUUCAUCAACGACGUCGUUUUAUAACUCCGAUAAUGCUUCCAGAUCUGUCACUUCAGCUGCUUACUCUAAAGGAUUCGGAAUCUAUGCGCCGGUUGAUUUUCCGGCGAGUGAUGAGUUCGUAGAGCCAGUCGAUUCGGAGAGAUCUGGUGGUGAUAGUAUAUCAGUUACGAUUAGGUUUCGGCCGUUGAGUGAUCGGGAGUAUCAGAAAGGCGAUGAUAUUGCCUGGUAUCCUGAUGGCGAUAAGCUUGUUCGGAAUGAGUAUAAUCCGAUGACUUCUUAUGCAUUUGAUAGAGUUUUUGGACCCAACACUGCUACUCAGGAUGUUUACGAUGUAGCCGCAAAAGCUGUAAUUAAAAAUGCUAUGGAAGGUAUCAAUGGAACUGUAUUUGCUUAUGGUGUCACAAGCAGUGGGAAGACCCACACGAUGCAUGGAGACCAGAAUUCUCCAGGUAUAGUACCUUUGGCAAUUAAGGAUGUCUUCACUAUGAUUCAAGAUACACCAGGACGGGAGUUCUUACUUCGUGUAUCAUAUCUUGAAAUCUAUAAUGAGGUGAUAAAUGACUUGCUUGAUCCAACUGGGCAAAACUUGCGUGUCCGCGAAGAUGCACAGGGUACUUAUGUUGAGGGUAUAAAGGAAGAAGUUGUAUUGUCGCCUGGGCAUGCACUUUCUUUUCUUGCUGCUGGAGAAGAGCACCGACAUGUUGGCUCAAACAAUUUUAAUCUAUUUAGUAGCCGCAGUCACACGAUAUUUACUCUGAUGAUUGAGAGCAGCGCCCAUGGUGAUGAAUAUGAUGGUGUGAUAUUUUCUCAACUUAAUUUGAUAGAUCUUGCUGGUUCGGAGAGCUCAAAAACAGAAACCACUGGACUCAGGAGAAAGGAGGGUUCCUACAUAAACAAAAGUCUUUUGACUCUUGGAACUGUGAUUGGGAAACUGAGUGAGGGAAAGGCAUCUCAUGUUCCAUAUCGUGAUUCUAAGCUUACUCGCUUGCUUCAAUCUUCACUUGGUGGGCAUGGGCAUGUUUCGCUUAUAUGCACUAUUACUCCUGCAUCAAGCAAUUCGGAGGAAACUCAUAAUACAUUAAAAUUUGCGAGCAGGGCGAAGCGUGUGGAAAUCAAUGCCUCGCGGAAUAAGAUAAUUGAUGAAAAAUCUUUGAUCAAGAAGUACCAAAAAGAGAUAUCUGUCCUUAAAGAAGAAUUGGAUCAAUUUAGGAAGGGAAUGCUUGGUGUUAUCCAUCCAGAGGAAAUUAUGACACUAAAACAAAAGUUGGAGGAAGGACAAGUGAAUAUGCAGUCAAGAUUGGAAGAGGAGGAAGAAGCUAAGGCUGCUUUGAUGAGCCGAAUUCAAAGGCUAACAAAGCUUAUACUUGUUUCUUCAAAAAAUGCAAUUCCUGAUUUGGCUGAUACAUCCAGUGAUCAGAGGAGUAUAUCUGUUGAGGACAAUGGUGGCAUGACAAUGUCAGAUCAGAUGGACCUACUUGUUGAGCAAGCUAAAAUGCUUGCUGGCGAAAUUGCAUUCAGCACUAGUACCUUGAAGCGUUUGAAAGAGCAAUGUGCAAAUGAUCCGGAGAACUCAAUACCUCAAAUUCAAGAGUUAGAACGUGAAAUUAAAGAAAAAACUAGGCAAAUGAGAGUGUUUGAAAGACGGAUGUUGGAGAGUGGUGAAUCUUCAGGUACAAAUGCAUCGUUGGUUGAUAUGCAGCAGACAGUGACUAGAUUAUUGGCCCAGUGCAAUGAAAAGGGGUUUGAGCUUGAGAUAAAGUCAGCAGACAAUCGUAUUCUCCAAGAACAGCUGGAGAACAAGUGUGCAGAGAACAAGGAACUGAAGGAAACAAUAAGUCUAUUGCAACAAAAGCUGUCUGCACGUGCUAAUGACAAAUCAUUUCUAUCUUUCGAGCAGCGUGGCUCUGAAGAAUAUGCUGAUGAUUUAAGGAAGAAAAUCAAAUUCAAGGAGAUCGAGAAUGAGAAAUUGAAGGUAGAACAUGUUCGGACAUCAGAAGAAAACAGUGGACUACGUGUGCAGAACCAAAAGCUAUCUGAAGAAGCUUCUUAUGCCAAAGAACUGGCCUCUGCUGCUGCCGUUGAACUAAAGAAUUUGGCUGGUGAAGUCACCAAGCUUUCAUUACUGAAUGCAAAACUGGAAAAGGAAUUGUUGAGUGCUCGAGAUUUGAUAAGUUCCAGAGGCCCAGGUUUACAGGCGGGAAAUGGUGGUAACCGCAAGUAUAACGAUGGCACAAAACCAGGUCGUCGUGGGCGGCUUUCUGGCCCAACAAAUGAAAUUUCAGGAAUGUUUAAUGAUGACUUUGGCUCGUGGAAUCUUGACCUAGAUGAUUUGAAAAUGGAAUUGCAUGCCAGAAAACAAAGGGAGGCCUCCCUUGAAGCAGCUCUGGCUGAAAAGGAAGUUGUUGAAGAUGAAUAUAGAAAAAAAGUUGAAGAGGCCAGAAAAAGGGAGACGUCCUUAGAAAACGAUUUAGCGAACAUGUGGGUCCUAGUAGCUCAGUUAAAGAAAGAAAGGGGGCCCAUCCAUGACUUGAAUAAUAAUGAAAAGCACACAAAUGGAUUGGAACAUGCUGGCCACAGAUUUGAUGAUGGUGACAGUGACAACUUAGUCCUAAAAGGGAGUCAAGUUUUGAAUAGCAAUCGAGUUCAAGACAUUCCGAAGGAAGAACCACUUGUAGCUCGUUUAAAAGCUCGAAUGCAAGAGAUGAAGGAAAAAGAGCUCAUGCACCUACCUAAUGGAGAUGCAAAUUCUCAUGUGUGCAAAGUAUGUUUUGAAUCGACAACAGCAGCUAUGCUUCUUCCUUGCCGCCAUUUUUGUUUGUGUAAAACAUGUUCCCUCGCAUGUUCCGAGUGUCCACUUUGUCGCACAAAGAUUUCAGAUAGGAUUUUUGCUUUUACUUCAUGAUAGUGUACUAAACAAACUCAUAUGAAGGACUUUUUUCGUUUCUCAACUGCUUGUUGUAUCUUCGCGUUGGAGUGGGUGCUAUUCUUUUAUUGUUGAACCUGUAUCUUACCAUUUAAUGGUAAACAGAGACCUGUCUUUAUUUCCUCUCAAUGGACUGUAAAUAGUUGGAAAGGAACGGAAGUUGAAACAAGCUACCUUGUUUAUAAAAGCCAUUGAGCAGCUUGUGGAAGAAUUAGAAUUAUUGAAAAGGAGAAAAAAGAGAAAUAAACUAUAAGAAAUGUGAAGUAACUAUAGUUUCCCAAUUUUGAUUGCUGUACAGGAUUUUGUUGUUGAACAAUGUAAUUAAAGGAUGCAUAUCUCUGUUCCAUGUUUACAAA